AUGCCAUUACAGCAGGAGAUUAAAUCUGUAUUUUAUGGAUUGACAGAGAUCAAUGAUGUACUAAGUAAAUUUGGGGGAACAAAUGAUGAGCGUGCAGCAGAUGAUUCAGCAUGUGGGCAUGACGUGUCCUGCAACUCUGCGAUUCAGGAUUUGCCCAGUAAUAUUGAAUCUUUAUUGAUGAACAUUGUUCUUGAAGUCGGCUCGUAUAUUCCAAACUUUUGGGGUUGUGUUUCCACGUCUAAAGUGCUCAACUUUUUCGAGUUCAGAUAG